GCUCAGUCUCGGCUGCUUGCCGCUGUCGCUCCGGGGCUGCGGGAUGACGCCUCCUCCUCCCGGACGUGCCGCCCCCAGCGCACCGCGCACCCGCGUCCUCAGCCCGCCGGCUCGGUCGAGGCUCCUGCUGCGGCUGCUGCUGCCGCUCUGGGCGGCCGCCGCCUCCGCCCAAGGCCACCCGAGGAGCGGACCCCGCAUCUCCGCCGGCUGGAAAGGCCGGGCAGGGCAGGACCGGGUGGACUUUGGCCAGGCUGAGCCCCACACCGUGCUUUUCCAUGAGCCAGGCAGCUCCUCCGUGUGGGUCGGUGGACGAGGCAAGGUCUACCUCUUUGACUUCCCUGAGGGCAAGAACGCCUCUGUACGAACGGUAAACAUCGGCUCUACAAAAGGAUCCUGCCUGGACAGGCAGGACUGUGACAACUAUAUCACACUCCUGGAGAGGCGGAGUGAGGGUCUGCUGGUCUGUGGCACCAAUGCCCGGCGCCCCAGCUGCUGGAAGCUGGUGAAUGGCACCGUUGUAGUGCCACUUGGUGAGAUGAGAGGCUAUGCCCCCUUCAGCCCGGAUGAGAACUCCCUCGUUCUCUUUGAAGGGGAUGAGGUGUACUCCACAAUCCGGAAGCAGGAAUACAAUGGGAAGAUCCCUCGCUUUCGUCGCAUCCGGGGCGAGAGUGAAUUGUACACCAGUGAUACUGUCAUGCAGAACCCACAGUUCAUUAAGGCCACUAUCGUGCACCAAGACCAAGCCUAUGAUGACAAGAUCUACUACUUCUUCCGGGAAGAUAAUCCUGACAAGAAUCCCGAGGCACCUCUCAACAUAUCCCGUGUAGCCCAGCUGUGCAGGGGAGACCAAGGUGGUGAAAGUUCACUGUCAGUCUCCAAGUGGAACACCUUCUUGAAAGCCAUGCUUGUGUGCAGUGAUGCUGUCACCAACAAGAACUUCAACCGGCUGCAGGAUGUCUUCCUUCUCCCUGACCCCAACGGCCAGUGGAGGGACACCAGGGUCUAUGGAGUUUUCUCCAAUCCCUGGAAUUAUUCUGCUGUCUGUGUGUAUUCCCUUGGUGACAUUGACAAGGUCUUCCGCACUUCCUCACUUAAGGGCUACCACAUGAGCCUUCCCAACCCUCGGCCUGGAAAGUGCCUCCCAGACCAGCAGCCGAUACCCACAGAGACCUUCCAGGUGGCUGACAGUCACCCCGAGGUGGCGCAGAGGGUGGAACCCAUGGGGCCACUGAAGACACCAUUAUUCCACUCUAAGUACCACUACCAGAAAGUGGCUGUUCACCGCAUGCAAGCCAGCCAUGGGGAGACCUUCCAUGUGCUUUACUUAACCACAGACAGGGGCACCAUCCACAGUGUGGAGUCAGGGGAGCGGGAACACAACCUCGCCUUCAACAUCAUGGAGAUCCAGCCCUUCCGCCGUGCGGCUGCCAUCCAGGCCAUGUCGCUAGAUGCUGACCGGCGGAAGCUAUAUGUGAGCUCCCAGUGGGAGGUGAGCCAAGUGCCCCUGGACCUGUGUGAGGUCUAUGGUGGGGGCUGCCAUGGCUGCCUCAUGUCCCGAGACCCCUACUGUGGCUGGGACCAGGACCACUGCGUGUCCAUCUACAACUCCCAACGGUCGGUGCUGCAAUCCAUUAAUCCAGUGGAGCCACACAAAGAAUGUCCCAACCCAAAACCAGAUGAGGCCCCGCUGCAGAAGGUCUCCCUGGCCCAGAACUCUCGCUACUACCUGAGCUGCCCCAUGGAAUCCCGCCAUGCCACCUACUCAUGGCGUCAUGAGGAGAACGUGGAACAGAGCUGUGAGCCUGGCCACCAGAGCCCCAACUGCAUCUUGUUCAUCGAGAACCUCACGGCCCGCCAGUAUGGCCACUACCGCUGUGAGGCCCAGGAGGGCUCUUACCUCCGUGAGGCUCAACACUGGGAGCUGCUGCCCGAGGACCGUGCCCUGGCCGAGCAGCUGAUGGGCCGUGCCCGUGCCCUGGCUGCCUCCAUUUGGCUGGGGAUCCUGCCCACGCUUGCUCUUAGCCUCCUGGUCCACUAGUGCCUCCGGGGGCUGGAAAUGUCCCGGGCUUCUGCAGCCCAGGGAUGUUGGAAAAGUCUCACACUCAGAGCCGGCUGGCCCGGAAGCUCCUUGCCUGCUAUUUCUUCCAGGGGGACUGAAUAACCCGAUGGGGGGGCAAAAGGCCUGGAGAUGUCCAGCCGCAGGCGGCUGCUGGGCCCUAGGUGGGGUGGGAACAGUGGGAGCCAGAGAACGAAGGCACUAACUGUGAAGUGGGAUAGCAGUGACCCAAGACUUUAUCUUCUGGAGAAUAUUUUUCAAAAACUCUUCGCACUUGACUAAAUACAGUGAUGCUCCUGGCCUGAGAGCCUGUGGGCCAGGGUGUGCGUUUGGUAAGGAAGCUGGAUCCCCAUUUCUGGACCUUGGGGCUGAGGCCUGAGUCCUCCUGGACUCUGUACCCAAUUGCCUCCUUCCCCCACAUCUGGGUGGCUGGUGUCCCUGCACAGCCAGGGCUGCCCUGCCAGGCCCUGCCCUCUGCAGCUCCGUCACAGUCUGGGUCCCACUGGACAGUCGCCUUGCAUGUUUAUUGAAGGAUGUUUGCUUUCCGGACGGAAGGACGGAAAAAGCUCUAUUUUUAUGUUAGGCUUAUUUCAUGUAUAGCUACUUCCGACUGCAUCUGUAUGAAAAUACCAAAACUACAUGCUGGGG